AUAAUUAUUAAAUUACCUACACCAAUUAAUAUUUCAAUUAUAUGAAAUUUCGGUUCUUUAUUAGGUAUAUGUUUAAUUAUUCAAAUUUUAACUGGAUUAUUUUUAUCAAUACAUUAUUGUUCAAAUGUAAAUUAUUCUUUUUUUAGAAUUAUUCAUAUUAUAAAAGAAGUAAAUUAUGGAUGACUAAUUCGUCUUAUACAUAUAAAUGGUGCAUCAUUUUUUUUUAUUUGUAUUUACAUACAUAUUGGUCGUGGUUUAUAUUAUGGUUCUUAUAAAUUAUUUAAAGUUUGAAUUAUUGGUGUAUUAAUUUUAUUAUUAUUAAUAAUAACAGCUUUUAUAGGUUAUGUUUUACCUUGAGGACAAAUAUCAUUUUGAGGAGCAACAGUUAUUACAAAUUUAUUAUCUGCUAUUCCUUAUUUAGGAAUUAUAAUAGUUGAAUGAUUAUGAGGAGGAUUUUCAGUAGAUAAUGCAACUUUAAAUCGAUUUUAUAGUUUACAUUUUUUAAUACCUUUUAUUCUAUUAAUAAUAGUAAUUAUACAUUUAAUAUUUUUACAUGAAAAAGGAUCUAAUAACCCUUUAGGGGUAAAUAGAAAUUAUUAUAUAAUUAUUUUUCAUAAUUAUUUUACUUUAAAAGAUAUUAUUGGAUUUUUAAUAAUAUUUUUAAUAUUAAUAAUUUUAUUAUUACUAAAUCCAUAUAUAUUAGGGGAUCCUGAAAAUUUUAUUGAAGCCAAUCCUAUAAUAACACCUGUUCAUAUUCAACCAGAAUGAUAUUUUUUAUUUGCUUAUACUAUUUUACGUUCAAUUCCUAAUAAAUUAAAUGGUGUUAUUGCUUUAUUAUUGUCAAUUUUAAUUUUAUUAAUUAUACCUUUAUUUAAUUUAAACAAUUUUCAAUCAAAUCAAUUUUAUUUAAUUAAUCAAAUUUAUUUUUGAUUUUUUAUUAUAAAUAUUAUUAUAUUAACUUGAUUAGGAGCUCAACCUGUUGAAUAUCCAUUUAUUACUAUAAGACAAAUUUUUACAUUAAAUUAUUUUAUUUUUUAUUUUUUAAAUAAUUUAAUAAUAAAAUUUUGAGAUAAAUUAAUUAAUUAAU